GUGGAGGACUGGGUAGUACCGGGCAGCCUGACGACUGGCAUUGCGGGUGGGAGAAGUUAGACGGUAAUACAGUGCUAAGUGCGUCCUAUCCCAGCUGCAGGCUGUGGUUCACUAUGUUCGCUUAAAGCUGUGCGUACGACACUCGCCUUGGCAACACCAGGCUGCUUUGAAGUUUGGCAGUUUAAAGUGGUUCGACGAAGUGCGUUGAGCGCCCUGAGUACACGUAUCGAGGCUCUAAAACGUUUGACAGAUUUGAGGUGGGCUGUUCUUCAAGAUCGCGCACGAGUAGAGGGAACCCAAGGCUGAGCUGAGCUGAGCUGAGCACUGAACAUCAAGCAUGAACGUCCUUGGCCUGAUCAACGUCCCGAUUUGGGUCGUCGUUUUGCUGACGGUUCUGUUCCUGUUUUACUGGUACGCAACAAGAAAUAAUGGUAUCUUUAAAAAGAUACACGUUGAUGGUCCCACCCCAUGGCCUGUGAUAGGAAACGUCCACGAAGUGCUGAGAAAGGGAUUCAUUGAAGCUUACGACGAAUGGUUCAAGAAGUAUGGCCGAGUGUUUGGCCAUUUUGAAGGGUCACACCCCCUACUGGUCAUUGGGGACGCCGAAAUGUUAAGGGAGAUAACUGUGAAGGAAUUCAACACCUUUACCAACAGGCGGAGCUUUGGGAUCUUAGAGGUUGCGGAGCCGCCAGUGACGGAUUUCCUCACUGUAAUGGAGAAUGACGACUGGCGCCACAACCGUAACACCCUGACGCCGGCCUUCAGUGGCGGCAAACUGAAAAAGAUGACAGACAUGAUCAUCGAUGCCGGAGAAACGUUUGUGAACACGCUGAAGAAGAAGGCGGACACUGGAGAGCCAGUUGAUAUGAAGGAACAUACUGGAGCCUACACCAUGGACGUCAUCGCCGCCACAGCGUUUGGCAUUAAACUGGACACCCAGACCACACCGAACGAUCCUUUCGUCAAACACGCUAGGAAAUUUUUCGACUUUUCCAUAUUCUCCCUUUCCUUGAUAAUUUUGUUUUUCUUUCCAUUUUUGAAACCUUUAAUUAAAGUUUUCAAGAUCCAAAUCUCGCCGAAAGAUGCCAUUAAUUUCUUUAGUAAUGUUGUGAAACAAGCGCUGGCAGAACGAAGGAACAAUCCAGGGAAAUAUUCUGACUUCUUACAACUCAUGAUCAACGCAGAGAAGGAAGCCCAGUCAGCGUCGGGAAACAUGACAGGUUCCCAUAGUAACGGAAUAGUCGAUGAGUCUGAAGGGGAUGACGCUUACUGGAAGGACAAAAGGAAAGGGCAAGGUUUGACGGACUCGGAGAUUCUGGCGGCCUCGAUCCUGUUCUUCGCGGCGGGUUACGACACCACGGCCUCCACACUGGCCCAUCUGUUCUACCACCUGGCCAUGAAUCCAGACCACAUGGACAAACUCAUCACCGAGAUUGACGAGCACUAUCCAGAUGGCAAAAGGCCUGAUUAUGAAAGCAUCGGUAAGUUAUCUUACCUGGACAUGGUGAUCCAAGAAGGACUACGAAUAAAUCCUCCCGCGGGAAGAAUGGACAGGGUAUGCAGUCGUGACAUCACAGUUAGGGGUGUUCACAUUCCAGCAGGAAUGGGCGUGGCUUUACCAAUCUACAUGAUCCACCAUGACCCCGGUUACUGGCCCGAUCCGGAAGUGUUUGAUCCAGAAAGAUUCUCCCCGGAAAACAAGGAGAAGCACCACCCACUCCAGUGGAUCCCGUUCGGGUACGGUCCCAGGCACUGUAUCGGAAUGAGACUGGCUCUGAUUGAGAUGAAGUUUAUCAUCGUCCAGCUCUUACAGAAGUACAGAUUUGUCCCCAACAGUAAGACUAAACCUCUAAAGUUUAAGGACAAUCCCCUUCUGUCGAGCACCAAAACCGGAGUGUGGGUGACGGCCGUACACAGGGAAUGAAAGCGAUGAUGUAUCCGUGCUGGACAAUGUGAACAAAGAAAAUAAUGCCGACAACGACCUAUUAACUAAUCCUGCCCUGCCUUUCAAAACAGUUUUAAGUCUGACUAGGCAUAGGGCGACAAAAUUACAAAACAUGUAACUAAGUAGGACAUCUACUAAGUAUGAUCGUUUUCAUAACUCGUGGCCAAGUUUGUGUUUGUAUAUACUACUGUAAAUGACAUUCAUUGUACAUUUAAGUCGUAUAAGUGAAAUAUCAUUGAUUACAGCGUAAAACACCAAUCAAAUAGAUAAGUAAAUAAGAAAAUAGGCCUGGACAUUGAUUGUAUACAUUCAGAAUUCUUGGUACUAGCUGAGUAUACAUUUUCUAACGAUGUAAAUCAUAUGUACCUUUGUGUCUAAAAUAAAGAUUUAUCAUUAUAAUUACUAUUAUCAUUACAGCAGUUAAUGGACAUUCUAACAUACCUCCAAAAACUUUAACAUUAAAGACAAUGGUGAGGGAAGUGUGUUCGAAUUGAUAAUCUGUACACAGUUGCCCUCCUCGCCAUAGACGCUGGGACGAUUCCAUUUCGCUAAUAAAACAGAGAGGCUGGCUUGUACUGUCAGAACGUCUGUUUUCUUCACAUUUUCCAAGGAUAUAGGCAAAAAAAAAAAUUUAAAUUAAGUUAAAUUUCAGUUAAAUUUAAAAGUGAAAUAUUUACCAUUACGACAUCAUGUGGCCAAGAGGCACUUAUCCCGUGUGCCAGACCAAAGGCAGUGAUACUGGCUGUAGGCAGCUGCAAAGAUAACUCAACAAGGCAUUAUAGAUGCUGUAAUAUAAAAUACUGUUCUGUCAGUACUCCCACCUGCCGACCUGCCUAACCCGGAAACCUCAGAACCCCUGCCCAGCUGCCUCUGUUGCUGCACCAAUCCUGAAACUGUGAGACUUAAAUUUGGAAACGGGGAGACUCGCAUACAAGGUUGCACACUAAAGUCGGUUGACGAAACGGUAAUAUUAUAGGUGGGUAUGGAAACGGGGGACCUGGGCAGAGGCCACAUAACUCAAAAAAUUCACGAAGGGAACUACAAAGAACGGAUUCGUGUUGCUGGGAAAUAUUACAUGGAAUGGCUCGCCAGUGGAAUGUUUAUAAUAUCUGGAACAGGUUUUCAUAUACCUUCUUCCUGGAUGAGGCAGGGAAACGCAUCUUUUUCGCCCACCCGAUAUAUGUAUUUUUUAUGUAUAUCGGUUAAUUUCAGGCUGAGCCCGCAGCAUUAAUAUGCUUAUGUUUUACUGUAUUAAUUGCGUAUCCCUCGUUAUAAUGUGAAAUAGGUGAACACUAUUGUUUUAACUCCGGCUCAGUCUGUAUUUUUACGUUACCCCCCAAACCAAUAAAAACUGUCUUGUUAGUGUAUUUUUGUUUAUACGCUGUUUUGUUUCUUUUUUGCUCCAUGAUUGUUGGGUUAAACGGUACAAACAUGUCGACACGAGUGAGGAGAGGCCAGGAGCAUUAAGACCAACGCAAAUGGCUUUGUGUUCAAUACACAUAAGUGGACAUCCAUGUAAAAACACACAAUUUUAUACAGUGUGCGAAUCAAUAGACAAAGGUAACGAUUAAUCGGAAAUACCAGACAGAGGACUUUAUGUAACUGGCAUUCAGACUGAAGACGAUGCACAUAUUGAUGACAUACCCUUUUAACGCUGAUUUAUUUAAAUAAACUUGGGGCACGAAGGUGUGCUAAAUGUAAUCCUAUCGAUUUUCAAAAUUUGCAGUAAUUUUAAUUAUUAAUAUUAAUACAUUCUUCUGUUGCUGUUUUUGUUACUAUUAAUUUGUUGUUGUUUAUUUCUUGUUGUUUUUUGGAUUAACAAAAAAUACCAUUAGAAUAAAAUUAUUAUGUUCUUUGCCUUUUUUUAGUUACACAUACUUUAGUUUUAAACUCACAAUGCACUGCGCAACGUAUAUAAAUAUUUGUAUAUAUUGCUAUCGAAUUAUUUUGGAUGCUCUCAUACAUUAAUUAUUCCUUAAUUAUGUUAUAUCGUAUUUUAUAAUCCACUGUUUUGUGAAACGCAUAAUCAGUCAUAUGGCGUAUACAGGCAUUUUGCUUUGUUGACUUAUUGUUAUUCCAGUGCUACAGGGGUUCUUUGUAUUUGUUCUUUUGUGAAAUAAAGCUGCAUUAUUCCUA